UCCAGAGAUCCUUGCGCUGGUGGCUCGAACCUGACGACGUCUGCGUGGGCAUGCCCUUCGUACCCCCACAGCCGGACAUUACCCUGACAACAGACGCCUCCUUGAUAGGAUGGGGCGCCCAUGUCCUGGAUUUUACCAUCAAGGACAAGUGGUCGUAGACAGAGGCUUCUCUCCACAUAAACGCUCUAGAAAUGCUCGCGGUGGAGAAAGCUCUCAAGGCCUUCUGCUGCCUUCUCACCAACAAGGUAGUACUAUUGCUUACGGACAAUACUACCACCAUGUACUACCUCAACAAGCAAGGAGGCACAAGAUCAACAACGCUCCUGGAGAUCACCCUCCGCAUCUGGGAGUGGUGCAUCGCCCAUAGCAUCUUGCUGCAGUGCAUCCAUCUACCAAGGGACCAGAACGACUGAGCAGACCAACUGAGCAGAUCCCCAAAGACCUGCCACGAACUGAGGCUCCAUCCCAAGGUGGUCGCCAACUUUUUCCUCCGGUGGGGGUUCCCAGUGUUGGACCUUUUUGCUUCUCCAAACAACACCCACAUUCCAGAGUUUUGCUCUCAAACUCGGGGACCGGGCUCCAGGGGAAACGCCUUUCAACUCGACUGGAGCCAGGGACUGCUGUAUGCCUUUCCCCCCUUUCCUUUGCUAACGAGGGUGCUGUCAAAAAUCAUGACGGACCAAGCCGACGUCAUUCUAAUCUCCCCGUGGUGGCCGAGACAGCCGUGGUUCGCUCCACUCCUCCGUCUGUCCAAAAGCCUUUAUCUCCGACUCGACUACCGUCCCAACCUCCUCUCCCUCCACAACGGGAUGGUCCUGCACCCCGACAUGGAGUCUCUCCCAUUGGCAGCAUGGAGGAUCCGCUGUUAAUUUCCCUCCCGGCUGAUAUCCAGGAUGUGAUAAUGGCGGCUCAGAAACCCUCUACACGUAGGGCCUAUAGUUAUAAGUGGGACAAAUUUCUCGCCUUCCUUAACGAGAAGGAUAUUGUACCUUCCCAGGUUUCUAUUUCCACGAUUUUGGGCUUUCUUAUGUCCCUGGCCAACGCAGGACUAUCUUUGAAUUCUAUUAAGUGCUACUUGUCUGCUAUCUCCUCCCAUUAUACGUUUGGAGAUAAACCCUCUUUAUUUAGGAACUCACUAGUGAAGAGAUUUCUGCGAGGGUUCAAUAACCUUCACCCGCCUUGCUCUUCUCCUUCCCCAGCUUGGAGCCUAGAAUUGGUACUCUCCAAGCUAACCUCCAAGCCCUUCGAGCCCAUGGCUACGACGGACCUGAGGCUGCUGACAUGGAAGACAGCCUUCUUGGUAGCCAUCACCUCCGCUCGUCGGGCCGGUGAACUGUGUGCGCUUCGGGCUGACCAGCCCUAUAUCCGCUUCCACAGGGACAAGGUUGUGCUUCGGGCCGACAUCACUUUCCUGCCUAAAGUGGUGUCAGCCUUUCACCUCAAUCAGGACAUUAUUCUCCCCAUUCUGGCCCCGAACCCAUCCACUGAUGAGGAGCGUCGCAUGCACUCGCUAGACGUCAGAAGGGCACUGGCAUUCUAUUUGGACAGGACCUUGGGCUCGAGGCUCUCGAAUAGACUUUUUGUUUGCUACUCGGAAGCGAAGAAGGGGCUGCCUGUCUCAUCUCAAAGAUUCUCUAAGUGGGUCUCAAAUACCAUUUAUUUGUGUUAUGAACUGGCAGGCGUCCCUGCUCCGGUACGAGUUCGGGCCCAUGCAACUAGGGCGGAGGCAGCAUCCUCAGCCUUCUUGAUGGGGAUUCCCCUUGAGGAUGUCUGCCGGGCUGCUACCUGGUCCCAGCCACUGACAUUUAUUAGACACUACAGGCUGGACUCCAGGGAUAGGCAAAGAGCAGCCUUUGGGAGGGCAGUGUUACUCUCAGGUUUGCAUUGAUUACACAAACAGGGCCAUGUUGGUCAUAUUGUUUAUUCUGUGUCAAUAAAUUUCAUUGAUUUACAUGCUUGGACACUCCCUCCUCCUUGACUUUAGCUAGCCAUUCUAACCCAUUUGUGUGAUUCAC